UGAUUGUUGUAAAUAUCUUUAAUUCCCUCGCUUCGUGUUUUCUGUUGUGUUUGUUUCAAAGAUGCCUUUGCCAGCGGCUUUGCUCGCUAAAUUGUCCAAACGGGGAAUAAUAAAAGCCCAAGAAGCGAAAAAGCCAGAGGAUGUUGAGGAAGUGUUUGCUGAAGAUUAUGAUGAACCGACACAGCCCUUUAGUAUGAUGGACCCUGUUGGUGCGCCGGCAGUGUUACAAGAGGAACCGGUCACCAAGAAAGAGGAGACAGUAGAAUCUUUGGAUGAGGUGGCAUGCCCUAACAAAUCUAAUCCUUAUCACAAGUGCACAGAAUAUUGUCUUAAACGGUAUGGCAAAAUUACUUUCACACCUGACCCUGAAACAGAACGGCGCCGAUUACGGAUGCUGAUGAAAUAUCCACUUCCAGAAGGAUGGCAAGAAAUUCCAGAUAAAGCCACCAACCGAUAUUACUAUUGGAACGUAGUAACUGAUCAGGUGUCCUGGUUGUCUCCCUUACAUCCAAAGGCUCGAAUAAUUGCUGCUGAAAGCAAAGCAUUGGAAACAGACAAAACGUCUCCUCCCAAGUCUGGAAUAGAUUCAGAUGGAAUGGGUAAUGACAGUGAUGUUGAGGAAGAGGAUCUGAGUGGAUCUGAAUUGGACGAAGAUUCUUCAGAAGAGGAACAAAGACAGAAAGUUGAGAGGAACAACAAGAAAAAUUCCAGAUCUCGUGGCCCGUCUAAUCUUGACCCGAUGGACCCUGCAGCCUACUCAAAUGCUCCUCGGGGUACUUGGUCUACUGGAUUGGAUAAGAGAGGUGAAGCUAAGACAGGCGCUGAUGUUACAGCUUCUGGUCCCUUGUACCAACAACGCCCUUACCCAGCACCUGGAGAUGUUCUUCGUAUGAACCGACAGUUAGUGGAAGACUGAAGACGGUUGGGGGGGAAAAAUCUUUGCAGGGUUUUUUUUUUCAUGUGUACAUUUAAUAAAUGAUAUUUCUUAUAUCCUCAUUGA